GCAGGGUGAGGAAGCAGACCGAACGAUUGAGGAGCACUUGACUUGAGGAUAAACGGUUGGAUACGCUAACUGCUUUAGCACUAGUGUGACGAGUGUGAUUAUCUUCCUGCCCCUAUUCAAUUUAAAAAGUAAUAUUAAGAGUACGAUGCGACUUCUAUUGUCAGUAGUUCUGAUUUUUGCUGCAACUGAAGUUCAUGGAGCUGCUGUCAAUCUGUCGCUGUACUACGAGAGCCUCUGCCCGGACAGCAUGAACUUUAUCAAAUUCCAGCUCUACCCAACGUGGCUUCUCUUGACCGGGGAAUAUCUCGCUGUUGAUUUUGUCCCUUAUGGAAAGGCUACGCAAGAUCAGACCGCAAAUGGCACAUGGAUAUUUGAGUGUCAACAUGGGGAGAGUGAAUGCCAAGGGAACAAAGAGCAAGCAUGUGCCCUUUCACUGUAUCAAAACAAUGCUUCCAUUCAAGUCCAGUUCAUCAGCUGCGUCAUGAGUACCAGAAGACCACCUACAGCUGGAUCACAGUGUGCAACAGUUCUUGGAAUCAACUACAAUCAAAUUGAGGAUUGUGCCCAAGGAACAGAAGGAAAUGAACUCCUGGCAGAACUAGGUGAUCGUACUCACAGUUUCACUCCACACAUAAGAUUUGUACCAACGGUUGCAAUUAAUAGAGUCUAUACCCAGAAAGAUCAAGAUGAUGCUUUGUCAAACCUGAUGAGUGUGAUUUGCCGACAUAUCAACGGCACAAAACCAGAAGAAUGUAAUGGUUAGAAUAAAAUGCAUCAAACAGUACUUGGCUCUUGCUGUUGCUGUUAAUAAAGAAAGGUUUUGUGAGGGACAUAAAUGCUUCAGCUUCAUGGAAGGCUGAUAAAUUUCUGUGCCCCUCAUUUUCUCUAUUUCAAUAUACAUUACUAUUUUCAAGGAGAGUUUUACCUGAGAUUCUCUUAAAGCAGCCAUGUCAAACAUGCGGCCCCCAUAGCCACAAAGUGCGGCCCCUCAACUUUUAGAGCUAAUUGAUAUUAAAAUC